CCGGCCCGGCCCGGCCCAAUCCUGUCGGUUCCCGGCCUCCUGCGGUCUGACCCACUGCCCGGCCGUGACACGCCGCCGCCAAGCCUCCAGAGCUGAGGUCUCACCUCCAGCUUGCGCUUACGUCCACUUUAGAGAUGUUUGACGUCUUUUUCCCCAAGCAGCCCGCCUUCAAAACCAGGACUCCUGGACCGGCACCUGGGCUCCUUUCCCUUUACUGAGACCCCACUUUCCUCUAACCCGUUUCUUCCUCAGAUCCUUGAUCCUGCCUAAGUUGGAGACUGCACAUUUCCCUUCCAAAUUAAUCCCUGCCCGCCAAAACACUGACAGCCUUGACGCCACCUCCCCUACUGAGAGCCCGACUUCCUUUCGGACUGACUUUCACAGCCCUAUCAUGGAGGCUGUGUACCUGGUAGUGAACGGGGUGGGCCUGGUGCUGGAUGUGCUAACCUUGGUGUUGGACCUCAACUUCCUGCUGGUGUCCUCCCUUCUGGCUUCCCUGGCCUGGCUCCUGGCCUUCAUCUACAAUCUGCCACACACGGUACUGACCAGUCUUCUGCACUUGGGCCGUGGAGUCCUGUUUUCACUACUGGCCUUGAUUGAAGCCUUGGUCCGGUUCACCUUUGGAGGCCUGCAGGCCUUGUGUACCCUGCUUUAUAGCUGCUACUCUAGCCUGGAGAGCCUGAAGCUCCUGGGACACCUGGCCUCUCACGGGGCACUGCGGAGCCGGGAGAUUCUGCACCGGGGCGUCCUCAAUGUGGUCUCCAGCGGCCAUGCUCUGCUGCGCCAGGCCUGUGACAUCUGUGCCAUUGCCAUGAGCCUGGUGGCCUAUGUGAUCAACAGUCUAGUCAACAUGUGCCUCAUUGGCACUCAGAACCUCUUCUCUCUGAUGCUCGCCCUGUGGGAUGCAGUGAUGGGGCCUCUGUGGAGGAUGACAGAUGUGGCGGCUGCCUUUCUAACCCACAUUUCCAGCAGUGCUGUGGCCAUGGCCAUCCUCCUCUGGACCCCCUGCCAACUAGCACUGGAGCUGCUGGCCUCAACUGCCCGCCUCCUGGCCAGCUUUGUGCUUGUCAAUCUCACUGGUCUGGUGCUGCUGGCUUUUGUGCUGGCAGUAAUGGUGACUGUGAUGCACCCAGACCUCACCCUGAGGCUGGCCACUCAGGCCCUCAGUCAGCUUCAUGCCUGGCCAUCCUACCACCGGCUCCGGGACGAUGUUGUGCGGCUCUCUCGCCUAGUGGUGGGCUUGGAGGCCUGGCGCCGAGUCUGGAGCCGCAGCCUGCAGCUGGUGAGCUGGCCGAACCGGGUAGGGGCACCUGGAGCGCCUCAGGGUGGCCAUAGGAGGGUGCCCUCAGCCAGGACCUGGGGCCAGGAGACCCCUCCUGAAGCAGGGCCCACAUCAGAGGUAGAGGAAGAGGUGAGAGUGACACCAGGCCGGGGGCGAGAGAGGCUCAAUGAGGAAGGGCCUGCACCUGGGCAAGACCCGUGGAAAUUGUUGAAGGAGCAGGAGGAGCGGAAGAAGUGUGUCAUCUGCCAGGACCAAAGCAAGACAGUGCUGCUCCUGCCGUGCCGGCACCUGUGCCUGUGCCAGGCCUGCACCGAAAUCCUGAUGCGCCACCCCGUCUACCACCGCAACUGCCCGCUCUGCCGCCGGGGCAUCCUUCAGACUCUCAAUGUCUACCUCUGAAGGCUCCCCAUCCACUCUUCCACCCCUCCACACUUUGUACAGGGACCUGCGCUGGGACGGCAUUAACACCUCGUCCCUGGUCCUGGCCUGGAUCUCCUUCCUGCCCCCAUGGCUAUCAGGCCAAGCCUCCAGGCCGUACAUCUAGGACAUCGAGACGGGGUCCUCUGGAACACUAUGGCCUGGGGGUGGGUAGGGUAACGUAGCUUCUCCUUGUCCAGUGUGUCCUGGUGAUGCUGACGGUGGUGAGUGUGUGUCACUAUGCAAGGGCCCUGAGAGUGCCCUGUGGGCUGUCCUCCAGCUGGUCGGGGCCCACACAGAUGCCAGCCUCGGGCUAUCCCUCUUCUGAUUUUCCUCUUGGGAAUUUGCAGGCCCUUUUCCCCCCUUAGUUUCUCUCCAGCUUCUGCAACCACAACACAUCAGUGUCAUUGUUCGGGCGUUUUGGUAACUCAAGGGCCUUGGGCUGACCUUAAACUUUUGCAUUCAGCCAGAGCCUCUGUGUCUGGCGGGCCUUGGGUGCAGCAUCACUCAGGUGCCGCUAGAACUACCACUGAUGCCUGUCAUGAUCUUAGGAGGCUUCCUCUCCCAACCUGGUCCAAAAGCUGGGAUCAGGAGUUCAUCCCUGGACUUUUGGGGAUUGGGAGGAGGAACUAUAUCUACACCUGGCUUUGGGACCAUGUAUCUCCUGGCACCCCAGCUCCACUGGGAGCCCCGGAAGGGAUAACCAGAUUUCUACUUGUACCCUUUUAACUCUCCACAUCACACAGAAAAAGUAGCAUUCCCCUUGUUUGUAUCUCCCCGACACUGGGGAGAGUAGACUGCACACUUCACUAGGGUCCAAACACAGAAGGGGCCAAGGCCUAGGGGCAGACGGCCCCCUGAGGAGCUUGGCUGGCCCGCUUCCAGUGAAUAAAACUCUGUUGACGGCUCUGA